UCCCGCGCGGGGUAGAGGAGAGUCCUGGGCAGCCCAGCAGGGAUCCUGAGGUUUGAAGGUGCGGCCUCGGGUAAAACUCUGGGCACCGUUGGCUUCGGACCUCCGUGCUCAUGCUCACGGGUGUUGCUUGGCAACUGUCCUUCUGGAGUGAAAGGUUCCCAACCGUCUCGGAGGCUUUGGGGAGGCCGUUGGCGCAUCCUCCAUAAGCGCUAGUGUCUGGUGCUGGCGGAGGCCGAAAGCGGAGCGGUGGGGCGGCGGGUUCGAGGCGUCUCUGAAGCCCCUAGGCUCCGCCAUGAAGAGCGUUUUCAGCCUGAGGAGUAGGAAGGGCUGGUGGUUCUGGGGCUCCUCCAUCAACGUGCAGCCCCACACCGCCAGCACCGAGAAUGUCAACUCGAGGCGGCUUGGGUACCCCGACAUUCAAGACAAAGACCUGGGGAAGAUCCACAAAGCUGCGGUGGCCGGAGACGUAGCCAGAGUGCAGGGGAUUCUCCUGUUGGGGAAAAGCGGCUUGAACGACCAGGACAGGCAGCUCAGGACUGCCCUCCAUCUGGCUGCUGCCCAUGGUCAUCAGGAAGUGGUAACCCUCCUCAUAGAGAGAAAAUGCCAGCUUAACCUGUGUGACAGUGAGAACAGGACAGCUCUGAUGAAGGCAGUACAAUGCCAGGAUGAGGCGUGUGCAACUCUUCUGCUAGAACACGGUGCUGAUCCAAAUGUCACAGACAUCUACGGCGAGACUGCCCUCCACUCUGCGGUCACUGCUGAGAGCACAUCAAUAGCAGGGAAGCUGCUCUCACACAAUGCAGAUAUAGAAGCAAGAAACAAGGCUGGCCUCACACCUUUAAUUGCUAUAAAUGAAAGGAAACAGGAAAUGGCUGAAUUUUUAAUAAAAGAGGGGGCAAACAUACAUGCAGUGGAUAAGUACAGACGGACAGCCCUCAUGUUUGCUGUAAAGUGUGAGGCAAUAAGUUUAAUCAGGCUGCUUCUUCAACAAGGUAGUGAUGUCUCUUCUGAAGAUAUCUUUGGAAACACUGCAGAAGAGCAUGCACUUAGUAGUGGAUUUACUGACUUUCAUCAAUUAAUUUCUCAGUUUAAACAAGAGCCGAGACUUAACACUUCUCAAAAUAGAAAUCCAGUGUGUAAGUGUUCUAAAGAAGACUCCUUAUGGAACAAACUUAGCAUUGAUGAUUCCUGCCCUAUAUCACGUGAUGAUGACCUGGAUUUUGAAAACCAGGAAGGGGCCACAAAGUCAGUAAUUGGAAAAAAAGAAGAGAUUGGCAGUGAACGUGCUCCACAACAGCAGAUUAAGAAUUACCAUUUGACUUACGUUGAUGGAAGACACAAAAAUAAUAGCAGUGACAUGACACCAGCAUUAGGAUUAGAAGAGGAAGAAGUGCAGUCACUUUGGUGUCUUGAGAGUAUUUCUGAGUGUCUUCCAGAGAAGCACAUUGAUCAUUUAUCUGGAGCUGCAGAUCAAAGAGAAAAAAAUAUAUUAAGUGGACAAAUAGAAGAUUCUGGAAAAUAUACUCACUUGGAGCCUACUGUUAAAGGGGGAGAUUCUGUCACUAUGAAGGCAGUAGAAAUGGAAGAUGUACGAACAUUUCAGUCAGACUUUUCAGAUUGGGAAUCUACUAGUUUGAAGCUCAAUAAGGAAGCUUGUCAGAGAUCUUGGCAUUUGAAGGUUGAUGAUAGCUGUCCAAUUGUAGCACAGUCAUCGAUUCCAAAUCAGUCGGUAUUGACAGCAUUUGGACAGACGACCUUAAGAGAUUCUCCUGGAAAAUAUACUCACUUGGAGCCUGCCAUCGAAGGGAGAAAUUCUGUUCCCACAAAGGCAGUAGAAAUGGAGGAUGUACAAACGCUUCAAUCAGAUUGGGAUUCUACUGUUUCAGUGUUUACUAAUGAGACUCAUCAAAGGUCUUGGAAUUUGAAAAUUGAUGAUAGAUGUCCAGUUGUAUCACAGCCAUCAAUCCCAAAUCAGUCAGCAUUCACAGCAUUUGGACAGACGACCUUAAGCGAUACUCCUGGAAAAUAUGCUCGCUUGGUGCCUACCACUGAAGGGAAAGAUUCUGUUCCCAUGAAGGCAGUAGAAAUCGAGGAUGUGCAAACAUUUCAAUCAGAUUUGUCAGCAACACUGGACCUAGAAGUGACAUCAAAGGAAGUUCAAGAAAGGCUUGAUAGUAGCAAAAGUAACCACCCAUGGGUGGAAGGAGCAAAGGAGCAGCACAAAAGUAGUAAAAUUGAAUUGUCAGAAAACAUAUAUGAUGCUGCUGAUGCCUUUGAUGGAUUCAUUCAACGAAGAAAGAGUGGGAAGGUGGAUAACCAGCUGUUUCCUAUAACAAGGAAUGAAGAUUCUGAGAGAGAUCCUGGCAUGCAUAUGAAGGAAGGAAAGAAAAAAGAAAUUAAAAAAAGGACAUCAAAAGAACCUGUGAUUCCACCAAUGGUUGAGAAGGCUGCCUUACUUGCUGGUGGUGUGCUUCAAAUAACUGAUGACAGCAGUUUAAGUGAAAUAGAUUGGGAAGAUGGAAGGUGUGCAGACAAAGCAUCUGAUGGAAAGGAUAAGGUCAAACAGAAAACUAAGUCUGUGGAUGACCUUGAUGACCUCAUUCAGUCAUCUGAAACAGCUUCAGAGGAUUGCAAGUUGCCCUCCUGUAAUUAUAAGAAUUUUAUGUUACUAAUUGAACAACAUGGUGCGAAUUGCAAAGAUUCUGUGAGCUUAUGGAAAAUCCAGGAUGCAGUUCUUUCAUAUGAAAGAUUAAUAGAACUUAAAAAAAAUCACUGCGAGCUACUGACAGGAAAUAUUAAAGCAAUGAAAAAUAGGUUUAGUGUCCUACAGAAGGAGCUGUCAAAAGCAAAAGAAACAAAAUCACAGAUAGAACAUCAGAAAAUGGAAUGGAAACGAGAAUGCUCCAACCUGAGAGAAACCUUGAAACAAGAAGAGAUGAAAAGAAAACAUGCUGAUAUAAUACAUAAAAAAAUUAAGGAGCAGUUAAGAGAAAAGAAAGAGCAGUUUAGUAAAGAAGUUGAAGCCAAGCAGCAGCUUGAACUCAGGCUUCGAGCACUAGACAUGGAAUUAAGGACUGUAAAAAAUAACUUGGAGCGGGUUUCUGGCAGUGAUGAAAGAGAAAAAGAUCUGCUCCAUAAAAACCAACUAUUACGGGAUGAAAUUAUCAUGCUAAAACAGGAGAUAGACACAAUAAAAAAUCAGAAACAGGAAAAGGAAAAGGAAUAUUUUGAUGACAUUGAAAUUAUAAAAGAAAAGAAUCGUGAGCUUAAAAAGACAAUACGACAGAAUAAGGAAACUUUAGCAAAAACAAUUUUUGAGCACAGCCAACAACUUCAUGAUCUGAAGGCUGAGGUGGCAUCACUCAACUCCAAACUGGAGAAUGAAAAGCAGAACAAAGAAAGGCUGGAAACAGAAGUGGAAUCAUGCCAUUCUAGACUGGCUAGUGCUCUGUGUGAUCACGAGCAAAGUCAGACGUCCAAGAGAGACCUAGAGCUGACUUUCCAGAGAGCAAGAGAGGAGUGGCUUCAUUUACAAGAAAAAAUGAAUUUUGAUUUGACUAAUCUAAAAGUUAACAAUGAGAUUCUCUCUCAAAAACUUUCCAGCUCUGAAAGUAAAUUCAACAGUCUGGAAAUCAAGCUCCAGCACACAAGAGAAGCUCUCACAGAAAAGACUUCGAUUUUAGAAGAUGUGCAAAGAGACCUCAGGCAAACUCAGUGUGCAAAGAAGGAAAUUGAGCACAAGUAUGAAAAGGAACAAGGUAAAAUGAAUGACUACAUUGGGAAGCAGGCAUCCUUAGAGGACAGAGUAUCUCAACUGCAAAGUGAAAACACGCUGCUUCGAGAGCAACUGGAUGAUGUUCAUGACAAAACAGACAAUAAAGAGAAGUCGCUAGUGAAUAUACAAGACCAGUUUCAGGAUAUCUUGAAAAGACUUCAAAAUGAAAGUGAAAAGCAAGUACACAUGCUGGAAGAAAGAGAGAAGGAGUUAAUGGAUGAAUGCAGCCAUUUAAAAGAACGAAUGUGUCAGUAUGAAAACGAGAAAGCGGGAAGAGAAGUGAUUGUGAAACAACUUCAACAAGAACUGGCUGAGUCCCUGAAAAAGCAAUCUAAGUCAGAGGCUUCACUGGAGCUAACCUCACGUUAUCAGAUUAAUUUAGAAGAGGAGAUACAGUAUUUAAAGACAUUAAGUCAAAUCAGAAGUCAAUUGCAAAAAGCACAGGAUCAACAUGCAGCAUCCGUAAGAUGUGCUGAGAAGAUGCAAGAUCACAUACAAAAGAUUGAAAUAGAAAAUGCCAAGCUAAAAAGUACAGUCAAAAAACAAGGAUGCAAAAUUGAGCAGCUUCAGAAAAAUCUGCAAAGUGCCAGUAUGAUGGAUGAUCUUACUGCAAACCCAGAAACAGCAUCUUCAGCCUGGCCACAUCUAGUUACAGAAAAUCAAUUUCGCCAACAGGAGUUCUCUGUGAAAGCAAUGCAACAUAAAUGUGAAAGACCAGAAAAGAAGAAAAAGAAAUUGAAACAAGUAAUAAUAAACCUCGAAAAUCCUAUGGAAACGAAUUUGGUAGAAUGCUGUCAAGUUGAGAAGGAUAUGCAAGUAGUUGAACAAACAGUACAGGAUAUAGAAGAAAAAGUAAAAAAAGUUAAUAUACUUUUACAGACGCAAGCAACAUCUCAAAAGCACUUAGAACAAUUAAUAGACAGUCAUAAUACUUCAGUGAGAAAUCAAAUGGAACUCAGUUGUAAAGUUCUGGAAACUGAACUCUUCAACUUGAAAACUGAAAAAGAUUCUAACAGAAUAGAAUUGGAAAAAUACAAGCAACUCUACCUAGAAGAAGUAAAAGCUAAAGAAUCUUUGGAAAAUAAGUUAAGCAGAACGAAUGAAAGGCUAACAGAGGUCAGCAGCAAACGUCAUAUGGAGAAAAUGCAUAACAGAUGUUUACUCAGCACUUUUGCUACCAUGCCAGUUCCGGGGCUACCUUAUGUUGCAGAGCCAAAAAAUCAUUUAGUGCCCUAUAGAUAUCUUACUGCAAGGCAAAAUUCAACAACCUCUCCAACCACCAAUGCCGGGCCCUCAAGUGACAACAAAGACAUUUACUACCACAAGAUGAAGCAGGAGUUCGAACAAGCUGUAACAAGAGAACUAAAAGAAGCUGCUGCUGAACAUGAAUUUGAAACUUGUAUAGCUUCUUUAGGACCUACUGAAGAGUCCAAAUUAAAUCAAGAUCCACUUUUGAAAGCAUCUGAAGAAUAUAUGGAGAUCUUGAAGAAAAAGUAUACGAUAUGAAUGAUAAAUAGUAAAAGUUGAUUUCUUGGGCUGUUUAUAUAACAUUUUAAUCACUUCCCACUUAACAUAUGACAUGCAAAAAUGUUUAU